AUGGCCCCUAUGAGUUUGCCUCCAGGAUUCAGGUUUCAUCCCACAGAUGAAGAGCUCGUUGCGUACUAUCUCGAUAGGAAGGUCAACGGCCGAGCCAUUGAUCUUGAGAUCAUCCCAGAAGUUGAUCUCUAUAAAUGCGAGCCAUGGGACUUGCCUGAAAAGUCAUUUUUGCCGGGUAACGACAUGGAAUGGUACUUUUAUAGCACAAGGGAUAAGAAGUAUCCGAAUGGGUCGAGGACGAACCGUGCUACCGGAGCAGGUUACUGGAAGGCCACAGGGAAAGACCGUACUGUAGAAUCAAAGAAGAUGAAGAUGGGAAUGAAGAAGACGCUGGUUUAUUAUAGAGGAAGGGCUCCUCAUGGCCUUCGUACUAAUUGGGUGAUGCAUGAAUAUCGUCUCACGCACGCCCCUUCCUCCUCCUUGAAGGAGUCGUAUGCAUUGUGCCGAGUGUUUAAGAAGAACAUACAAAUUCCAAAGAGAAAAGGAGGAGAAGAAGAAGAGAGCACUAGUGUGGGAAAAGAUGAGGAAGAAAAAGAGGAGAAGAAGUGGAGAAAAGAUGAUGGUAAUUAUAUCGAAGACGAGAGCCUGAAGAGAGCAUCCGCAGAGACAUCUUCAUCAGAGCUCACUCAAGGGGUCCUUGUAGACGAAGCAAACAGCUCAUCUCUUUUUGCCCUUCAUUUCUCAUCCUCUCUUCUCCACGAUCAUGAUCAUCUUUUCUCAAACUACCCUCAUGAUCAUCAGCACCAGCUUCCCUACCAUCCUCCUCUUCAACUCCAAGAUUUCCCUCAACUCUCUAUGAACGAAGCAGAUAUUAUGUCGUCAAUCCAACAAGAAUUUCAAUGCAGAGACUCUAUGAACGGGACACUUGACGAGAUCUUUUCCUCUUCUUCCACUAAUUUCCCCGCUUCCCUUUGAAAAAUCCAUAUCUUAUUAUAUUACAUCAUCCAUUUCUUUUCUCAACUUAUAUUAUAUAUCAUAUAUAUGGUAUGUUACUUAUAUAUAUCUCUCUUUUUUUUUUUCUUCUAAAUUAUUGGUUUGGCUGAUGCAAAGGGUGGGUAUUUGUGGAGUUACUCUUUCUACCACAAAAAAAUUGGAUUCUAUUAAUUUUUUUUCCUUAUGUUUUUGUAGUGCAUGGUACUAAUUACUAUACGUGCUCGUUAGAGU